AUGAGUACACUGAGUUGGAAGUGUCGUGGCUUGGGUAAUCCACGAACAGUUCGCGAGAUAGUGGACAUUGUGUCCCGUAAGGAACCCGACUUUGUAUUUCUUAUGGAAACUAAAGUUGCCCGGAUACAUGCUGAACGUCUCCGGAUCCGACUUGGUUUUGAGGGUGUAUUCUAUGUUGGCCCGGUUGGUUUGAGUGGUGGUCUAGCUUUGUUGUGGCGGAAGAAUUGCACAGCGAGGCUUUUAAGUUUUUCGAAAAAUUACGUUGAUGUGGAGGUUAGCAUGACGAAUCUCCCAAAUUGGCGAAUGACAUGUUAUUAUGGAUUUCCAGAGCGCAAUAGACGUGUGGAAUCAUGGGAAUUGUUGAAGUCGUUAGCACCACGAUCUAAUCUCCCUUGGGUAAUGGUGGGGGACUUUAAUGAUCUUUUGUUCCAAUAUGAGAAAAGAGGAGGUAAUCAGCAUCCAAAUAAUCUCCUACGCGGUUUUGGAGAGACUAUUGAACACUGUGGACUGUCCCAGCUACCAAUGAAUGGCUAUCAGUUUACGUGGGAAAAGGGGAAAGGCACACCCAAUUGGAUUGAGGAGAGGCUAGAUAAGGUACUUGCAAAUGAAACUUGGCGCGACCUCAUAACUGGUGCGAGGGUUUAUAACCUAUUGACAAGGAAAUCCGAUCAUUUUGUCAUUUUUCUGGCCAUACGAAAUAAUGAGACAUGGAGAGGCAGGGGAAUGAAACGAUUCCGUUUCGAGAUGGCCUGGCUAUAUGAUGAUGGUUGCAGGGCUGUGGUAGAAAAAUCAUGGGAAGAGAAAAGGGUCGAAGGCAUGCAAAAUUGUAUUGAACAUUGUGGGAAUCGCCUAACCCAAUGGGGUGGUGAUUGGCAUCACAAGUUUGGUGAGAAGAUCAUGAAACUCCGAAAAGAGCAACAACGCCUGAGAGGACGCACAGACACAGCCUCCUUGACUCAAUUUCAUGGCCUAGAGGAAGCCCUAUGCCGUAUAGAAGCACAGGAAGAUGUAUACUGGAGGCAGAGGGCCAAGCAACACUGGCUCAAACAUGCUGAUGCGAAUACAAUAUUCUAUCACAGGUAUGCCUCUCACCGUAAAAGGAUAUUGCCCCCCGAGUAUCUCACAUACAAAAUGAAUCCCUUUUACAGACCCUUUGAAAUUGAGGAGGUCAGAGAUGCCCUUUUUACGAUGUUCCCUGAUAAAGCACCGGGUCCGGAUGUUCUGAUCCCCAAGAAGAAUUCACCAGAAAUGGUCUCUGACCUUAGGCCGAUAGCCUUGAGCAAUGUAAUGUAUAGAGUAGUGGCAAAAAUGAUCUCACACAGGAUGAAGCCUAUAAUGGAUAAAAUUAUAUCUGAGUCGCAGAGUGCAUUUAUACCUGGAAGGCUUAUUAUUGAUAAUAUACUGAUAGACUCUGAGGCAACAGUGCAGGAAGCUACAGAAAUAAAGAAUUGUCUAUCAGUUUAUGAAAGUCUAUCUGGGCAAGUGGUAAACUAUCAUAAAUCCAGUAUAUGUUACAGCAAAAAUACAGAUGAGGAAGAGAAAGAGGUGGUGGCGCAAGUUCUGGGGGUAUCACAGGCACGUAAUUUUGGGAAGUAUCUUGGUCCACCGUCUUUUAUUGGCAGAAAUAAGAAGGCCGCAUUUUCAUACAUUGAAGAUAAAAUCACGCAAAGAAUUGGGUCGUGGAAUAAGAAGUUGUUAUCUCAGGCGGGUAAGGAAGUAUUAUUGAAAAGUGUGGCUCAAGCCAUGUCUACUUUCUCAAUGCGUGUAUUUCUUCUACCUUUAUCUAUUUGUUCUGCCAUUGAAAGACUUAUGUACGAAUAG